UCUGCAAAGUCUGCCCUGAGUUCGAGAUUACCCCACGUACCUGGGAACGAGUUGCCUAGUAACCGUAGUGUACACGGUGAACAAGAUGGCGAAGUUUGUCAUUGCAGGUGAGGCUAACUGCCCCUACUAUGCCAAGGUGGAGUUGCUGGCUGACAGUUUACAGGCAAAACUACCAGACUUCCAUGUGCACAAAAUAGUCAAGACUCCAGAGGAAUGGAAGCCCUGGCUACAACAGCUGAGUACAGAAAAUGGCUGGUCCCAUGCCAGAUCCCCCAUCGUCUGGAGAGAACUGGUGGACAGGGGUGGGAAAGGUCUACUCAUCGGUGGACACAAUGACUUCAUGGAGUAUGCAAGGUCGUACUAUGGCAUGACAUCGGACAUGCUGAGUCAGAUGAUGAAGAACAUCGCGGCGGAGAAUCUCGCUGUCACGAAGGAGCUCCGAGAAGAGGAGGAAACCAUCCGGAGACAGAGCAAACCGCUUCACGUCUGCGUCGUCAACGCGGCGCGAUCCCCCGCCUACCACGUGCUGCCGUCUCUCGUGAACGGCGAGAUAUUACGCGAGGAAGAAAUCGCCCUGCACCUGUACGAUUCCACCGAGAACUUGGAGACACUGAAAGGCCUGGAGAUGGAGGUUUUCGACCUCUCCUACCCCUUCCUGAAGGAAGUAUCAGUGACAACAGACCUCCCCACAGCCUUCCAGAAUGCACACAUCGCCAUCGUUUUUGACGAUUUUGACCAAGGCGGAAAGGAAGACGCUAUCGGUGAUAUGGAGGCAAAAGUCUCGUUCUAUAAAUGUGUUGCCGAGGCAAUUAAUCAAACUGCAAACAAAGACAUUCGAGUGCUGGUAGCGGGCACAGGGCCUUUGAACUCAUUGGCCAGUAUCCUUAUUGACCACACCCCGUCCAUUCCGAGACAGAACAUCGCAGCUGUGGCACAGGUGAAAGAGAGGCAGGCUAAGUCGCUGCUGGCAAAGCGACUGGCGGUGAAUUCUGCCGGAGUCUGUGACGUGAUUGUGUGGGGGAACGUCGGAGGCACCACGUAUACAGACGUGUCGCGAGCGAGAGUGCAUGGGUAUGAUGGAGCUAUCUGGGGACCGCCAAGCUACUCCUGCUCAGUGUCAGAAAUGGUCCAUGACAACAAGUGGCUGGAGGGGGAGUUCCUGGAACAGCUGCAGAGUCGCUCCAACACUACCCAGGAUUCCCUGCAACACCCCGCAGACCUCUCCAUGGCCGCCGCCAUCUCCAACACCCUCAGCUAUUGGUGGAAUGGCUCGCCCGAGGGACAGCUUUUCUCAUUGGCUGUGUGCUCAGAGGGUUACUACAAUAUCCCAGAGGGCGUGGUCUUCUCCUUCCCGGUCAUAUUUCACAAAGGCUCAUGGGAAGUGGUUCAGGACAUUGACAUGAAUGAGGACAUGAGGGUCAUGCUGUCCAGCAUCACAGCGCAACUUGUGGAGGAAAAGGAUCUCCUCCUACACCCAACCAACGCUAACCACGAGAAGCUACUGAAGGUGUUUGGAGUUACCCCGGACGUUUCUUCACAGCCUUCCUCCGUCAAACUAGACAAAAUCAUGGAGGAGACGGAGAAAUCUUCAUCUGAGGAAACACCUGAGGUUACUGCUGUUAGUGCUGGAGAGGAGGCAACAACAAGUUAAACUUGAAGUUAAAGGGCAGGCAACCAAUGCAAUUUCCAGGCGACAAAACUGGAUUUUUUAGUCAAUUCUCAGUCAUUCUUAGUUAAAGUGGAAUCAACCCUAUCCCAUAGCAGACUGAUAUCUGUGAGGCAAAAAUGUGAUGUCACUGACGAAUGACAGUUGCUUGUUUUGUAUCAUAG